UCAACGUGAUUUUUUGCGUGAUUCAUCUUGCGAAGAAAAUGAGUGAACGUGACAAAAGCAAGCGGUCAGAAAUACCUCAUGAGCUAAGGGGAAAAUUAGCAGCUUUUGAUAGUGCUUUAAAUAAUGUGGAAAACGAAUUUGAACCCUUGUUAAAAGUUUCCCAAAUUGAACUGAAUGGAAGGUUAUCUACUAUAGACAAAGCCAAGUUGGACCUGGUGGCAGCUUAUUCAAUCAACUCAUUGUUUUGGAUGUACUUGAAUGUUUGUGGUGUAAAUCCCAAAGACCAUGGAAUAAAACAGGAACUUGACAGAAUCAGAAGUUACAUGAACCGAGUGAAAGAGAUCCAAGAUAAAGAAAAGGCUCCUAAAUUAGAUGUUAGUGCAUCCAAGAGGUUUGUGAAGAGUGCACUUUGGCAGGCCGCACAGAAACAGUCGAAACAAUCAGGAAGUUCAAAGGACACGAAUGCAGAAGAGAAGUAUUUGAUACGGAAAGGGAAACGACGGUCAGAUCAGAAACCACCGAAAGAACUUACUGAAGCAAAAAUUAAAAAAGCUCAUAAAAGUCGAUAUAUGAACCUUGAAGAAGAUACUGAAAUAAAGAAAACAUAACCAA